AUGGGUGGGAUGGUGAAGGCAAUCUGCUGCAGUCGAGACUGUCCCGUGAAUUUGAAACGGAGUUUGCUGCGGCGCUGGAGACAUGAUGCGUUCCUUCCGCCUCUUUUUGGUCCAUUGACGGCAGAUAUGCAAAUGGAAAUUCCCGUCACAUGUGCCGCCUUCGUCGCCUCACGGAAGAGCAUGCUGGGCAUUCAAAUAAAUCAACACUCACUUCUCUCAUGGCAGCUUUCCAUUGUGUGGCAACAACAUUACUGGCUUUGUAAGUCUGUGCCGCAGAAAGAAGAAUGCAUACGGGGCUCUUGUAAACGCACCUCUUUCUUCGGUGGGCGCGGCGAGGCGGAGACGUCCUCGUUGUGGUCAAAAACGGCUGAUGAUUUUCAUUUCAUUCCGCCCACGAUGGCGAGCCGGGAGAAGCUGCUGUCAAGAGGCUGCAGGAAGACACGAAUGCAUUGCAUGCCCUCCUGUGGGAACUGCAGCGCAUUGUGGUGA